GUGGGACUGGGGUAGGAAUUCUGACACUGGGAGAACUGACUUGGUGUCACUGACAUUCUUAGUGACACCAAUACAGUGAUCGGUGCUAAAAAAAAGCACUGACACUGUACUAUAUGGCACUGGGCAGGAAGGGGUUAACAUGUGGGGCGAUCAAAGGGUUAACUGUGUGCUGGUUAACUGUGUGAUGGGUGUGUUUGUGCUUCACUGUAAGCACACUGCUUUGCAUGGCUGUGCACAAAGCAGUGUGCACGAGCUGACAGGGAGGAGAACGGUUUUGUUUACAAACAGUUCUCCUCCCCAUCGGAGAUGCUCGCCAAUC